AUGUGGUUGAAAAUCGAAAACUUGCAUCCCGGAGACCAUCUUUCUGUCCACGGGCUUUGUAAAAGGCCGCUCGACUGUGCUCAUGCGCUUCUGUCUGUUCCCGUGAAGCUAAUAAACAGGACAGCCCCGCGCGGCUGGUUUUUCCUGGCCCGUCCCGUCCUGGAGCUGGAGACUCGGCCGGUGUUCCACUUGGCCCUCCUGUACCUGUGUCGUGACUCCGGCCUCAUUUGCUCGCGGUCCCGGGGGGAGGUGACCCACCAGGCCCCUGCGGCACUGGCGUGGGAGGUGGGGCCGGCGCGGGGCCUCAUGGGCCUGCCCACGUUCCCAGCGAAGGUGCGGCGGCGCUUGCAGUCUGGGCAGCCGUCCCACGUGUCAGGGAGGCCGAGCCAGGAAAUGGGCACGCGGGGGGCACUGCGGCUGUUCCGGACAGACGGUCCGACCCCACGAGGGAAAGGUUACAUCGGUGGCGGGGGCCUCAGAGACCCGCUGCCGGAGUUCAUGCCGGCGGUGCAAAGACACCAGCCCAGCCGCGGACAGAUGCGUCCGUACUUCGGGACUCAGAGGAAGAGGAGGGGUGUGAAGCAGGGCGGGCUCCCCGGGGGCCUCCCGAAAUCUCUGAAUUACGUGAAAUACCCGUAAAUGGAGUAGCGAGUGACACGUGAAACCGACACAAACUGCUGUACAGAACGGCAGACACGCAGCAACCAUUCCCGACCGUUUAUUUAACCGUGACACGCACAGACAAGCGGCUUAUCCCUCUGGGACUCUGACACCCCAGGGCGGCUGCCACCUUCCCAUCGGGUCCCUCGUGUGCACACGGCCGCGUCUAGCUGGUCCUUCUUCCAUCUGCCUCUGGGGCGGUUUUGCGCCUCAAGCGGCCUUUCUGGCUCGUGGUUCCGGCACUGUCUCCCCGCCCCCCCCCACCAGCGCCGGUGGUCCUGCCCAAGCCUGUUCAGAUUCCCACCGCACUCCGCCACGUGCCGAAGGGAACAGUCCCCGGUUAGAAGCAGCAGAGACACGGAACGUGACACCCGGCGCUGGGAGGCCGUGAGAGAGAAGAAACAAAGGCGGCCUCUUCGGGCUUCGGCUUCUUCGUCCGCACAACGAAGGGGUGCGCUCAGACCCUCUGAUCUUUAUCUCUCUGCGGCGGAUGAAGGUGCUGGACUCAUCACAGUCUGCUUCUGUCCUCGGCACGUCUCCGGGGGCGGAUCUGGCGACCAUUGCCGCCACCCACUCCCGCCUCUGAGUGUGGCUGUGUCAGUCUCUCCCUCUCGCGAAAUCCUGGAGCCUUUGCUUCUUUUGUGCGAUUGGUUUCUUUUCGUAGUUUCUUUUGCUGAAUGUCUUUCCUCCUACCAACCUGUGUGCGGACUUGCCUUCAGGUUCCCCCUAGGUCCUCUGUGGGCUCUUCCUCGGGGACCCCGUCCAAAUCAGCCUCUGGCUCCACGUGGGAGAUCCUGAAAAUGAAUGUAAGGUCCUGACCGCUCGUCUGGGGACGCUUCCUUUCAUUUUUCUGGCGUCACCUCAAACUCAGGAAUAAAAGCAAACUUGCUAUCCUCAAA